GAAACACUUGGAAUACCUCCAGUCCUCCUUAAGGCCCCCCUCCCGAAAAGCCCAGCUUGAUGAGCUCACACAGUCAGAAUGGAUGUGAACAAGCGCAUGACCUCUGCGAGACACCGUCAUGUGAAAGAGCAGACUUCAGUCAAGACUGAUCCGGAGCAACAAGACCGACUCUGGAAAGAGCUAGUGUGGGGUGAGAGGAGAAAAGUCCGGGAAUGGGAGAAGAACUGGGGCUUUCUGAGGAACUAUGAUCAGAUGGGCCAGCUAAAGCCAUCAGAGCCUUUACCCAGUGAUGCGUCCCUCUAUUCUGACCGCGUCCCCAACACCACCAACCAGGUGUUUGGCAGCAGACUGUCCACACCACUGGGGAGUGAACUGGUCAGGCUGGACAGGCUGCUGCUCUGGUCUGGGGGCUAUCGCAAACACAAGUUGGAUCAAGAGAUGCUGCCCUGCUAGGGGACAAAUCAUUUUACACCUGCAACGUCUUUUUUUGCUCCAAGGUUGGACUGUUUUGUUACACUGAUUAAAGAUCAGGUUGAAUCUUCACUGUUACUCAGCCUUAGAGAAAUUGGACGUGAUAUUUUGUCUUUUAUAACUUUACUUUUGUUAUUAUAAAGAAGAAAACUACUUCAAAGCCAUAUAAAUAGAAGAACAAUGAACAUAGGUUUGCUGUCCUACAUAAUUACAAUGAUAUUUAUAGAGAUGCAGUCAUUCAUUGAUCCUGUUGUACUUGGUGUCAGAAAUUGGGUUAAUUUAGUCAUUUAAAAUACAACAAGAAAACCCCCUUGAUACUAAAUGCAUUUUCUCACAUAUAAAGAGAGAUGUGAGAAGGACUGACACAAGCAGAUCAGAUUCAUGUCACUCCAGUUCCAUCAGGGACCUAACCAGUCUAACAAGACACCAAAUCAAAUUUGGAUGAGCAAAUGUAUCACUUCUACUUGUCUCAGAGCUCUGAAAUAGUGCUGCAGGGACACACAAAUCAAACACAGAAACCUGAGCAGACAAUUAAAAAAAGAUUUUCUUCUCUACCUUUAAAGUGGCUUUAAAAAAAUCUAACACAGUGCAUGUCAUUGCCAUGAUCUAACAGCCAUUUGACAUGGAAAUAGCCUUAAUUAAAUCUUUGUGAAUUUAAUGCACUUUGUGAACAGCUGCAUAUUUGGUUUUUGAACCUUUGUAGCUUCAUUAAAAAGCCAGUUUGUUUUUGUUGAGUUCAUAUUGAUCACUGCCCUGUCUAAAUUUGAAUUUAAAUGUUGGUCCUGACUGAAUCUGAAAGAUUUAUUCUCAGGUUGUCUUUUAUGGAUGUUACUGCAGAGUUUUCAAAAAUGUCACUGAAAUAAAGA